AUCAUACAACUUAAUAACAUGCAAAUACAUUACUCAAGAGGAUCUUGAUGAUAAUUUUGUGUACAGCUGCUAUACAGGACGGGGACCCGUAACGCCCGUCAGCUUUAUUAUGGACUAAGAGUACUACUCACACUAGUGCCGCGUCCCGUGACCAGGGAAUCACGAACGAGAGUGCAGGGCGAUGUCCAACGGUCCGCAACACCAGAACAAAAUGUCGGACACCGGUGACAAAUGGACAAGCAUUUCUAAUGGGACAUCGCACAUCGGGGGAACGGAAAGUGUCAUCAACCACACUGGAGAUGGCAAACCGGAAAUGUCCGAAUUCACUCUAGAAAAAGAGGAACUCCUGGGAAGGAAGAGGCGGGUUAGUUUGGCGUCUGCCGUCAGAUUACGUUACGCCGCCAUUGCAGUGUCCUGGUUAUCUGUGAUUUUUGCCCUGGUACAGGGCUCUCUAGCAUUAGUACUUUCUUUAACACGAAACAGUUCCACUUUAUUCGGAUUCGGGCUGGCCGCUCUCCUCGACAGCGCUUCCUCGAUAGUUGUACUAUGGAGAUUUCAUAGCAAAGAUUUAUACUCGGAAGCCGCGGAAUCAAGGGCCUGCCUUAUAAUAGGAUUUUUCUUUUUAUUGUCGUCAUUUUUUCUGUCAGGAAAAACUGUAUACGACUUAGUGAUGCAAAUUAAAGAAGUAAAGUCUGCAACAGUAUGGACGUUGUCGUUGGUGAACGGCUUAAUAAAUGUGGUGCUUGGUACUUCCAAAAUAUGUAUAGGAUACAAAAUUGAAAGUAUGGCACUCCUCACCGAUAGUAAGUAUUCACAUGUAUGA